CCCCGGUAUUUCGUUGCAGAACAUCUGGGAGCAGAACAUAAUGCGGAGACUAUGGAGUCUCAACCUCCCGGUAUCUUCUCGUAUCUACCUAGGUAGUGCGGGAGCUCGAUGUGAUCUGUUGGGUGCAUAGCAAACUUAUCCAUGCACAUGGCGAAUCGAGUGGACCCUGCUGUCGGCUCAACAAAUCCACGCUUUCACAUGCUUCCAAGCUGCACCAACGUUUGCAACAAAUUUAGACUUUCCGUCAUGCGAACCGGGCAUACGAGACUGUGACUUUUUAUCCUGACCUGCUGCACCCGUCCUCUUUCAUUAUCAUGAUCAUUGAACCCUCCAUUCCUAGCAUUCUGCUUUCGCUGGCCCUGAGUCUGUGGCAUUACAAACGUUGACUGGUAUAACCUCUCCACCUGCCAUGGCCCAGCAUGACCCGUCGCCACCGGAGUUCGAAGGAUUCCAAGUACAGGAAGACCGGAAAGACCCUCAGCCCAGCAUGAUUUUCUCCAUUCUCCCGGCUGUUGUGCAGAAUCGCAUACCUGCUCUACCAUCACUCCGCCGAUCCAUCACAGACCUACACACGCGAACGUUGCACGCAAAAAGUCCAAGCAUAGAUACCGAGAUAUCUGUGCCGCCAACUCCUCCUCCGAGAUACUGUUCAAGACCAGGGAGCGGAACUGCUACGCCCACUCUGUUGUCACUCACACCGGCCGAUGGGGAAGAGACAGACGGGGAAGAUGCAUCGUUUCAAGGCAGCCUCAGCGAGCGGCCUCAAUCAUCAAGUUCCACUUUCCUCCCACCAUUUUCCUUGUCGGAGUCGGAGACCGGUAUCAAUUGGAAAUAUGCAAAUCAAGGUAUCAAUUUGACAACACAGGCGUAUCAAGAAUCUAGCAUUCGAGCACGACGACCGAGCGAAGGGUCUGUGACACUGACUCGGCAAUUAUAUCUUCAUGGAAUUACUUAUCUGUUACGAGGACUGCCAGAAAACCUGACUCCUGAUGAAAGCCUGGGUAUCAUAGCCGCAAUCCCACCUAGUCUCAUGGAUCUCAACAGCGAUCUCAACGAUCAUGCGAUGAUCUCGAUUCCGGAAAAGAAAGAAGAUCCUAGUGUGGAGGAUAGUGGGCCUCCAUCAUUGCUCCAUCGAUUAACGGCCAUUGCAGUGUUUCAAACAUUCGUUCUUCUACAGCUGUUGCUCCCCUAUGUAAAGCUGUUCUUAGGUCAUGCGUAUCGCUUCGAGAGAAAACAUCAGAUCACACAACGUGUAAUGAGCAAGAGUAUCACCACAGUUGAUGAGCUGAGUCGAAGAGGAUUACAGCUGUCGCAUACCGUCUGCCAGAUGAACGAUGGAAAGGUUGGGCAGGCGAUCAACGAUCUAACUCUCUGGUGGGUCCGCGGCUUGACGGGUGGCCUUCAACAAGGGAUUACGGACGGGGUCGUCAUGAUCCAAAUGGAAAAGGACUCGAAUCGCAAUCGCAGAAAGAAAGACACGAUCUGAUGGUUUCUGCAUAUUUUAGAGCAUUUACCCCACUGUAUGGCAGCGUUUAUAGACAUGAUACCUUUGAAUGAAUUCCCAUUAUGUUUGAAAAUAC